AUGAGCUCCAGGGUGUGCAAGGCAUGCGGCGGGUCGGACAUCGACGUGGACCCGGCCCGCGGCGACGCCGUCUGCAUGGGCUGCGGCUCGGUUCUGGAGGACAACAUCAUCGUGUCCGAGGUGGAAUUCGUGGAGUCGGGAGGAGGCGGGUCGCUGGCUGUUGGACAGUUUGUGUCCUCAGAGGGUCAGAAGAACCCGUCCUUCGGAGAUGGACACGUCUCUGGUCUGGGGUCCGAGUCUCGAGCAAAGACCCUCCAGAACGCUAAACAGCACAUCAACACUCUGGGCCACCAGCUGCAGAUGAGCCAGCACUGUCUGGACACGGCCUUCAACUUCUACAAGAUGGCGCUCAACAAAAGCCUGACCCGCGGGCACAAGUCGGCGCACAUCAUCGCCGCCUGCAUCUACCUGGUCUGCCGCACGGAGGGAACGCCACACAUGCUGCUGGACCUCAGUGACGUUUUACAGGUGAACGUGUACGUGUUGGGAAAAACCUUCCUCCUGCUGGCCAGAGAACUCUGCAUCAACGCCCCGGCUAUAGACCCGUGUCUGUACAUCCCCCGCUUCGCCCAGAUGCUGGAGUUCGGCGAGAAGAACCACGACGUUUCCAUGACGGCGCUGCGGCUGGUCCAGAGGAUGAAGCGGGACUGGAUGCACACAGGAAGGAGGCCUUCAGGACUCUGCGGAGCAGCUCUUCUUGUCGCAGCUCGUUUCCACGACUUCUGUCGCACCAUGAAAGAAAUCAUCAAUGUCGUUAAAGUCUGUGAAGGCACGCUUAGAAAAAGACUGAACGAGUUCAAGGACACUCCGACCAGCCAGCUGACGAUCGAGGAGUUCAUGAGGGUCGAUCUGGACCAGGAGUGCGACCCGCCGUGUUUUACUGCCGGGCUGAGGAAGGCAAAACUCCAACAGCUGGAGACCGAGCUGAAGAAGAAGAUCCACGACGUUGAAGAUGAAAUCCAGGAGUACCAGGAUGAGAUUGAUGCCGAGCUGGAGGGCAGCCGACCCAAACUGAGAGGAGUCUACGCUGCCUACACUAAGGAAGACCUUAAAAGCGAGGACCUUAACUCCACGCCAUCUGAGGUGGCGGAUGAAGACUCUGAUGAAGAUGAUGAGCUCCGGGCCAUAGCCAAACACUUUGGCAAAGAGCUGUCUGAGAUCUCGGUGGAGGCCCUGAUAAAACUGGAGAAAACAAGACCAGAGGAGGAGGAGGAGGAGGAGGAGGAGGAUGCUCCACAGCAGAAAGGCCCGUCUCUGGAUUUCAUCCUGGGAACGAUGCCCUCAUCGGCCACUCUGGGCCUCUCCAAGACCUUCAGCAGCUGUAAGGACGAGGCGAAUGAUGGUGCCACUGACGGCGGGGAGCUGGACCUGAGUGGGAUCGACGACGCAGAGAUCGAUGAGUAUCUGCUGAGCGACAAUGAAAUUAAAGUCAAGACGGCUUUCUGGAUGGCUGAAAACGCCGACUACCUCAAAGAGCAGAAACAAAAAGAAGCUAAAAUAGCUGAAGAGAAGGCGCUUGGGAUCUACAAAGAAAAACGGCCGAAGCGACCUUCAAAGCGACGCCUCCCGAUCAGAGCCAGCUCCGCCGAUGAAGCCAUUGGGAAGAUGCUGGAGCAAAAGAAGAUCUCCUCCAAGAUCAACUACGACGUGCUGAAGGACCUCGACACCAAGCCCGGCAGCAGCCCAGCGCCCCAAACCCCGAGGAAGGAGCCAGCUGCCGUCAAGACGACCGGACGCAACCGGAACCCGGCUCUGGCUCUGCUGAACCUCAGCACGCCGCUUAGCACUCUGGGUAAAAGGUUGCAGCCGUUCAUCACCAGACAACCCAACAAGAAGCUGGCUGUCGAGCAGGCGGCGGUCUCCAGCCCACAGCCGGCACCUGCAGCGUCCCCAGUCAGCGGGUUGGUGGUGGAGAGUGGGCCAGUGGUCUACGAUGAUGGAGCUGCUGAGGAAGAGGAGGAUGAAGAUGAGCCUUGUGUCAGCGCCAUGGAGCUGCUGGGCGGAAACGAUUACGGCUGUGAUGGAGAUUACGACGAUGGAUUCUAGCCGACUCUGGACCCGUACAGACGGUACCAAA